AUGUUCGAACCGGCUGAAGGACUAUUCGGUACAUUUAUCACUGAAGAGUGGAUAAUCGAUGAGUUUGCCCGCUGUCAAGGCGUCCAGAUAUCCCACCUGAAAUUCCAAAGAAUUGGUGAGACUGAGGGUUCAUUCUCACGUGUUUGUCUGAUGGAAUGCGAAAGUAACGGGCGUGUACCAAAAAAAUUUGUCGUCAAGUACCACAAUACCGAAACAUUAUUCUACCAACAUGCUCGAGGUGUCACUGGGGUCCCACGGAUAUUCCUCAGUCGUCCUCUGAGCGCAAGUGACUGUCAAGGAAUCAUCUGUAUGGAGUACUUGGAGAACGCCCGUACCCGACCUGUUUACGAGUACAUCUCCAUUGACGAAAUGAAAUCGAUUCUCACGCUAUAUGCCAACAUCCAAAAAGGCUGCGCGAAUGUACCUGAUGGUGUUCGCUCCCGACUGAAUACCAACGUUUUCGAGCUGCUCUCACCGACUACACUCAGCUUGGAGAUGGUACACUAUGGUAACCCUGUUGAGGACCUUAUACGGUUGUUUACCACGGGAUUGACAGCAUCAGAGAGGAAGGUUCAUACUAUCGAACUUCUUGAGUACUAUCGCACGCAAGUAACGUCUCUGAUAGCUGGCUUGGAACAGACCUUCACGUCGGAUUGGCUCCUUUCGUGCUACAACAGAAUCUUUCCAAUGGCCGGCUUAUGGGCCAUCGUAAGUCUUCACGCCUCCUUCGAAUCAAGCACCUCACGGGAACCACCGGACAGCUCCAAGCUGGAUAGAAUUACAAAGAAGAUUCAUGGAAUCGCAGCUGAGAUUGUGGAAACUGUCUGCUGUUCCGAUAAUCACCAGUAA